ACCGUUAUGAGGUGCUGUAUAGAGUGGGAGUCACGCACCAGGACGACAAGGGUGACACUCCAAGUGUUCUUUCCCCGGAUACAUUGCAUCUCUGUCGUCAAAGUUUACGUGAUGGUGCUAGCGUAGGAAUCUUUCGCGCUCCCCAUGAUCGUUGAUCUCAAAAUUGUCGGAGAUCAUCGGUGUCUAGUAUUCCUCUAUAAAGGAGGGACGUGAGAGGGAGGAGCGAUAGCUGAUAUCGAGGUACUACUCACUGGCCAGCUGCUCUACUCCUUAUCUACAUUUGCUAUGGUUCUCUCACUUUUGCGCAAAGUUCAUUAUACUGGUGCAGCAGGACUCGAUGCUCCAGUUGCAGAGACUGGCCCAAUACUGGUUAACCCUAGCUCCUGGAUCACUUCAGUUGCACGAACUUCGGUGCUAAACGUUGUCAACAAUGCCAUAACAACUGGACAAUUGGAAAUCGACGAUGAAGGCACUGUCCACGCCUUUGGGACCUGCCCGAGCGGCGAGAAGCCUGUUCGCAUAACGGUCCGCGACGAUUAUUUCUGGGUCCGUGUCUUCAUUUCAGGCUCCCUCGGCUUCAGUGAGGCAUACAUGCUUGGCGAAGUGGAAGCGGAUCAGUUACAAGCCACAAUCGAGCUUUUUAUUGCGAAUCAAUCCGGCCUGUCGGAGGUGUCAUCCAUCUACAGUCGGCUGACCGCUGCUAUCUCAAGUUUCUCCAAUGCUCUCAUAGGACAAACGCGGUUCAGAGCUCGGCUAAACGCCAUAGCCAGUUACGACCAGUCCAAUGACUUAUUCCAGGCAUUUCUGAGCUCGGAGAUGAUGUACUCCUGUGCAUUGUGGGGUCAUGAGGAAUGCGGUGCGGACGGAGACCUAACGCUCGGACGCACGUCCGACGACCUCGAGGCAGCGCAACGUCGGAAAAUUCAUCACAUUUUGCAGCUAGCGCGUGUGAAGCCUGGACACAGAAUUCUGGAGUUUGGGACCGGAUGGGGGGCGCUCGCUAUUGAGGCUGCCCGUACAUACGGCUGCGUGGUUGAUACUCUCACGCUGUCAAAGGAACAGAAGUCACUGGCAGAUGAGCGCAUCAAGCAGGCCGGUGUUCAGGAUCGUGUCCGCGUCCAUCUCCUGGACUACCGUGACAUCCCAUCGGUGUUUCAGCAUGCCUUUGACGCAUUUAUCAGUAUAGAGAUGCUUGAGCACGUCGGGUCCAAGUACUACAGCACAUUUUUCGAACUAGUAGACUUUGCUCUCAAGCCGAAAAAUGCUAUGGUUGUAGUUAGCUCUAGUACAUUCCCCGAAUCACGCUAUAGCGAUUACCAGGCGGAAGACUUUAUGAGAAGAUACAUGUGGCCUAACUCAUGCCUUCCUAGCCCCACCGCGCUCAUCAACGCAGCGAACACAAGCUCUAAAGGUCGUCUUGUCCUUGACACCGUCGAGAAUAUCUCUGCGCACUACCCUCGGACUCUGAGAAGCUGGGAUCGCCGUUUGAAAGCUAAUCUGCGCCAAGACAUUAUCGCACGAGCCUAUCCUGCGUUGCAGGAUCCGAUUGCGUUUGGUGUCUUCCUCAGGAAAUGGGAGUACCUAUUCUCCUACGCAGGGGCCGGCUUCUCAAAGGGGCACAUCACUUGUCACGUUCUGACGUUCCUGAGAGGUAAGAUCCACGUUCGGAAGUUAAUAUAAUACAAAUUCUGACAUCAAUUGCGAGUAGGCUAAUGCGAGAGGUCGUGGAUAAGCGUCAUCCGGAUACCGUACUGUAACAAUCCAGAAUGCUGAUGUACAUAUUUAGACUGUAUCUAAGUGGCUUUGAAGGAGAACGAGAGCGAAUGCAUGUAGUAUUUUGUAGCCAAAUGCUAAUCUUUGAAUGUGAAUAUUUACUCGAUAGUGCAGUGAUAUCGCUCCAAAGCUGUGUAACCAAAUUGAUCAAACCAGAACU